AUGCUUUGUGAACCGUCGCGUUGGAGCUUGUCCGGACAGUUGCGCCCCAGCAUUGAGCCCAUCUCCAAGCUGGAAAAGAUGACUGUCUCGCACACUAUUCUACGACAGCUAUUCAUCAGUAUGGAAGUCACCAGACUACUGGAGAUGCUUGGGUUUGUCGUGGGCGUUGAACAGCGCAUGCGAUCGCGCAUCGUCUCUGAACACCUCAAGUGGCAGCGCUGCCUCAAGUUGCUUGGUUUCGUCUCUGCCUUCCGCGCUUCCGCCGAUGGCCCCGCCCCGCAAGCGAAUGUCGUUUCCAACAACACUCUGGGCACCUGCCUUCCACCACACCGUGUGCACGGACGGAUGGAGCAACGGCGUUGCGAGCUGGACUGA